AUGCAAUAUAAUCCUAGUUAUAACCAAUUAAAAAAAGAGAAUUUAGAAUUGAAAGAUAUUAUUUUUCAAUCAAAAAAGAGGUUAUUUCAAUUAGUGAAUCUAAUCAGAAUAGAUUGUGGAGAAUUGUCAUGUAAAAUAAAUGAGCAGAGUCAGUUAAAUGAAUUUAUAAAUGAGAUAGAGAGAUUAUAUCUUUAUUGUAAAUCUCAUCUUCAGAAAAAGGAAUCUAGUCAAGACGAAGAGACACAUACUAAUAAAGAAGAUAAGCAUUCAUAUAGUAUUAAAGAAUUAUCAGGAUUGGAUGAAGAACAAAAUAAACAAAUAAUUAAAAUGAAUUUAAAAGGACCACAAUUACAUGAACAAAUGUUACAACGAAGGAAAAAAUCAUUGACAUAUCACGAACAAAUAUCUAAAAAAGAUAAUUUAUUAAAAAGAUGUAUUUUUGUUGGAGAUGAUGAUUCUGAUAAAACAAAUAUUAUUAGAACAUUCAUUCAACAACAAUUUCCUUCAAACCCACAUAUUCUUUUAGAAGAUGUUCAAUGUAUUGAUAUCCAUUCACGGUCAGGUAUUGUUAAAAUAACAAUUACAGAUGCAUUUAGUUCAAAAGAACAUGAGUAUUUAAGAAAAAUUAUUUAUUCAUCAGGUAACAUAUUUGUUAUCUGUUUUUCUUUGAUUCAUCCACAAACUUUUAGUAACGUUGUUCAAUAUUGGAUUCCUGAAAUAAAGAAAUACCGACCAGAAUUACCAUUGAUAUUAUGUGCGAGUCAUUGUGGAGAACAACAUGAAGUGAUUCCAUUUGAAUUAAUUGAAUCAACAAUAAAAAGUAAUUUUAUUAAUAAAUAUAUUGAAUGUAAUUCAACAACAGGGAAAGGUGUCUCUGAGUUAUUUACUUUGAUAGGGGAUUUAUUAGCAGAUAACCAGAUUAUUUCUGGUUGUAUUGUUUGUUAA